AUAGUGCGCGUACGUUUGUGUGUGUAUGCGCCGCCGCCGUUCGGUUUUAUUAUUAUCAACAUUACUUAAUUUACAGUCGUCAGUUCCGUGUGUCGUGUUACGUGUCCGUUUGUGUUCAGUCGCUUCGAUUCUUAUUUUCCUCGUUUUUUUUUCUCUCUAUUACUGUUGUGUAUGCGUGUACGUGCGUGUGUAUGUGUAUGUGUGUGAGUAUGUGUACUAUAUUAAUGUACGAAUAAUUUCACGUGUUUCAAUUUUAAUUUUAUUAUCGACUCUCCCGGCACCGUUCAACCGUCGUACAAUUUUAUAUAUUAUAUUAUACGUUAUAUUCAUAUAUAUAUAUCGUAUUAUGUACGCGAGGUUGUCCCGCCGCUGUUGUCUUACCGUUCCCCCGUCGUCGUCGUAAUCGACGGCACUUCCGAACGUCACGUCGCUCCCACGCGUUCCCACACAUCUCUCUUCCGAUAGCUGUUCCCGUUCCGAAAUCGCCAUUUCGGAAAAACUGACGACCUGCGCGCCAACAGCCAGCAGCACGUUUACCCCAAUCAACGUUGUCCGCCGCCGUCGCCGCCGGACGCAGCUCUCCACCAUGCCCUAUGCUUCGCCUGAAAGAAAACUUUUCAUUGGUAUGCUGUCAAAAAAAAUAUCCGAACCCGACAUCAGAAAUAUGUUUGAACCUUUUGGAGCCAUCGAAGAGUGUUCUGUGCUUCGUGACCCGAAUGGUGUUAGUAAAGGUUGUGCGUUUGUCACGUACACGACUAAACAAAAUGCGAUCGCGGCUAUUAAGGGUAUGCAUCACUCACAGACAAUGGAGGGCUGCACGUGUCCGUUAGUGGUGAAGUUCGCGGACACUCAAAAAGAAAAGGACCAAAAACGUAUGCAGCAAAUGCAAGCGAAUCUUUGGGGUCUAGCGGCAACCGGCGGCAACAACGUGCCUACUGCUCAGUACCUAGCUCUAGGCGUACUGGCCAAUCAACAAAUAAACAACGACACGAAUUCAUUGUCGUCACAAGUGCUCCAGCAAAUUCAACUUAAUGCUGCUGCCGCUGCUGUGGCUGCCAACAACAAUAAUAACCAGCUGAAUAAUUUACUUUUAACAAACAACACAGGUGCGCUCAAAUCCCCGUAUCAUGUCCAGGCGUCCCAUUAUCAUCCCACACAUGUAGAUACUCCUCGGCGUUUAGAUUACACCGAUCCUUUCUAUACAGGCUACCAAAAUUUGUCCACAUCGCCGCCGAGUCUUGGAGACCUCAAUCCAGGCAACUUACAGAACUUGUCGACACUCGCUAAUCUAUCCGUUGGAAAUCCCCUUGUAAACUCUGUGAACAUGCAGAAUCUAGUCACGUUGGCUGCGAUGGGUGCGAAUUCCGUCUCGCCGACAGGGUCCAGUUCGUCUAGCCUAAGUAGUUCAGCUUUAUCGAGUUUGUCUCCAACGUCUGCCGCUGCUGCAGUUUUAUUUGGGAAAAAUGCUGGUCUUUUAACGGGCACCAACGGCGGCACUAAUGGUACUUAUGGAUCAUCGUUGAACGCGCUUGGUCUCACAUUAGCCGACUUGAACUCCAACCAAUUCGCUAUGCCUCAAUCGCCACCGGCUAGUUCGCCGUUGUACUUUUUGAACAAUAAUAACAACAGCCCGACUAAAGUGUCCGGUAAGCAGCUUGAAGGUCCGGAAGGUGCCAAUCUGUUUAUAUACCACCUCCCCCAGGAUUUCGCUGAUUCUGAUCUCGUUGCCAUGUUCUUACCAUUCGGUAAUGUUAUAUCGGCAAAAGUUUACAUUGAUAAAGAAACCAAACUGUCCAAAUGUUUCGGUUUUGUAUCGUAUGAUAAUGCGUACAGCGCUCAAGCGGCCAUACAGACUAUGAACUCGUACCAAGUGGGCAACAAAAGGCUGAAAGUGCAGCUUAAGAGACCCAAAGAAGCUUCCAGGCCGUACUAACAACGAUCGUAGUCUUGCCCUACUGUAUCGUUAUCACUGCAUACCAUCGUGUACACUAUAUAUUUUAAGAAAACUGGAAAUGUAUGUGUAUAUAUAUGUAUCUGUAUAUAUAU